CCGUCAGGGGCCACCAAAGACAUGGGCAAGAUGCUCGGUGGGGAGGAGGAGAAGGAUCCCGAUGCUGCGAAAAAAGAAGAAGAAAGACAAGAGGCGCUGAGGCAACAGGAGGAUGAGAGGAAGUCCAAAUACGCAAAAAUGGAGUCAGAGAGAGAAAACAUCCGACAGGGCAUCAGAGAUAAGUAUGGCAUCAAGAAGAAGGAGGAGAAGGAAGCAGAGGCAGCGGCUGCUAUGGAGCAGGCCUCCGAGGGCAGCCUCACCCGUCCGAAGAAGGCGGUCCCCACCGGCUGCGGCGACGAGGAGGAAGAGGAGAGCAUCGUCGAUACGGUCAUGAAAUUCAUCCCGACCCCGCUUAUGGAUAUGUUCAAUAAAAAGUAACAGUGUUUUGGGUGAAAUGUGAUUAACUUCUUACAACGUUCACCUGCCGUACCACCCUGCCCCGCCCAAACCUGCAGUCACACUUUUCUCCACCCUCCCACCCCUUCAGCUUCUGAGUGUCCUGCAUCUGAGCAGCGUGGCACGACUUCUCCCUCGAUCUCUGACGGUGAUAUCUCUCACACUACUUUAAGAGCAUGUAACACCUAAACAUUCUUACUUCAGGGGAAAAUCUCAUGCCAUGCUUUCAAAAUGUCCGGCACUCAGAAUAAGGUCACCCUUCAUCCACACCCUUUUGUUUGUAAAUAGCCUCGGGUUAUAAAAAAAGAAGAACUAUAUAUGAAAUAUGACAUAUAACAAGAUGACUAAGAGUAUAAGCCAUAUUUUUAACUUUUAAGUAAUUAUCCAAAUCUGAAUCUGAUUGAAUUUUCCUGUUCUUUUCUUGCUAAUAUUUGAUACAUACAGUGAUAUAUGAAUACUUGCAUUUCUAUCAGUUCUCCGUUGUGAGGAUUCACCACAUAAACUGUCCCUCAUGUCCUCAUAGGUUUAUUGUGAAUGUGUAACGUGGUGCAGUCCAAACGACACGUGUGAAACCACAAAGUGAAGGAAUUCAUUUCUUUGUUUUCUUUUAAGCAUGCGGUUAACUCUUGUGAAGUGAAGUACACAUUUGGAUACCAUUUUCAUUCGUUAUGACGAAGCGAUAUACAUUGAUAUUUGAGGCAAUAACUGGUUUUCCAUUUUUAUUUGAUUGACAUCUCGUCCACCACGUACAGAAGGCGAUGAUUGACUUUGUGUCUGAAAUGUUCUUCCAUGGGGAAGACUAUAAAUGUUCUCCAUUCAUGACGUUUGUCUCAAAAUAUUAAGUAAAUCGCUCUACAUGUUUGUGGUUUGAACACUCAGCUGUCGUGUCCUGCGGCAGGCGUCGCUUGCUCUGCUUCUGCAGCAGGACGUGCAAAUGUGUUGACAUGUCCGUCCAUUUUAUUGUAAAAUGAAAAAAAGAAACUUCACAAGCACAACUAUGUUGUGAACACACUAUACGUGAACAGACAGUGACAAUAGUGCAAUAUAUUGUUGGAACUGAAGUUGUCCUGUGUGCAUUGGUUAAUCCCAAAUCAGCAAUAACAGACAAUCUUCAUUGUUGUAUGUUUAAACUUACUUCUUAAUGUUUUAGUCGACAUUAAAGGCACCGACGUGUGUGCAUAGUGACAGUGAAGCCUUUGUAGGUCAGACAUAUUUGACUAAAGGGGGGGGGAAGGUGGGGCGAUUUGUUUCGUGUUCGUAAAAAAUGUUCAGUCACAUGUUACAGAAAGACGAACUCAAGCAGGAUGUGUGUUCGGAACCACAAGAUGAAAGUUAAACCAAACUAAGGCAGAGAUUAACAACACAUGAAGAAGAAAUUAGAUGAAAAAACGAGGAGCUUUUAAGAAAACAACUCCGAGCCGUGCAUGAACGUGCAACAAAAACAUUUACCCGAGUCCAGUCCGUCCUGCUGGUCGAUGUAAUGGCACAGCUGUAAAGGAGGCCAUGUGAGGAUACAAUGUUCUGCAUAUGCCUUGUGUUUAUGUAUCCUUCAUUCCACAGUGUCUUGUUACAACAUUCCAGAUAUUUCAGACAUUCCACCAGACUUGUGCUGGUAACACACCGACGUGAAUCUUUACAGUAGACCCCAGUCGAUGCCUUUGUUAGCCUACAUCAUGAUGAAACUUCAAUUUGAUGUUGUUAUAACCUGAAAAUAGACACUAGAAUGGAUCAAAGAUUCAUGACUCAACCAAGUAAAGUAGUUUUAGCUGCCACGGACAGAAGAAAAAAUGAAGUUAAAGGGGAAACGUAAAUGUGCUUUUAGCAGCGAUCGGUUCAAUCUUGUGAUACAAUUUUGUUAGAAAACGUUUUUGUGAUUCACAUGAGCUCAGUGGCUUUAGGUGUAAUUAAGGUUUUCUAAACCAGCUUUUUUGCAACAAUGCCACAGUUUUUAUUAAGCUAGCUGAACAUGACACUAAAUCUGUGCAUUCCUGUGACGUAGACGAAGGAAGUGUAGCUUUGAUCAGUGCAUCGUGAGCUCUGUUAUCAUGUUGAAUAUUUAUAUAUAUAUAUAUAAAAAAACACAUCCAAGGUCACCUGUAGAGCACAUUUAUUAAACUUCUUGUGAUUUUAUUGUACUUGUAAACUGCCUUUGCCAGCAUCCGUUCAUUGUGUUGGCAUCUCGCUGGCAGUUGUUUGCUGUUAUGGAACAUCAACGACACUCAAAUCCAUCAUCAGAGCAGUUAUCCAAUCAAACCAAAGAAUAGUGCUGGUAGUAGUAGGCUUAGUCAAGAGGUUUCAUUUGAUUUAUUUACUGCGUCUUGUUUAUUUUGAAAUUCUCAGGUACUUUAGCUUUAAGUUUUAAUAGACAUUUAAACCAUAACUAGCCUUCUCUUAGCAUAAUUAGCCUUGAACUCAAAUUUCAUUGCCGGGGGUCUCGCAAGCUGACUCCAACUUUUAUUUAUGAUCUCUUGUUUGGCCCAAGAAUAUUCUACAAAGCUACGAUUACUGCCCAGUCAACCCAAGUAGAGGACUUUCCCAGUGACGAAACCUUAGUAAACAUCAGUGUCAAUGAGUCUUUUUCCAAACUGGUGUGCUCUGAAAUCAGAUCACACUCAUCCACCGACGCCAUCAUAAACCCAUCACCUUGUAAAUGCCAAUUGAUUGCGCUUUAAAUGGCUUGUAGACCACUGCCCAAACCAACUGCCCAAGUCAUGCGUAAUCAAUGUGUAGUGGUCCAGUAUACUCCGUGUGAGAAAUCCCCUUCAGUGUUCAUGUGUGCCGCUCAUUCUCACAUUGAUAUGAUUAUAAAACUGCCUGAAAUAUAUGACACAAGAAAAAAAAAUGACUCCUUCGAUGUGACUUGAAUGUAUCUGUCUGAUGUUUCUCUCUCCUUGCAUCUGUCUCUCUCUGUUCUGUACGUGUUGAGAAGAUGCUUACUCUCGUGCAGUGUUUCUCCUUUCUUGUCUGUGACCGGUCCUGUGUCUGUCCUCUGGUGGUUUGGUAAUUUUGUAUAAAAAUAAUUUGAGUCGGUGAAUUCUUUUGUACUGCGAAAUCUUCUCCCCCUACUCCCUCCUCUCUCCCUCUCUGUGGACAAAAUGUAUGCAUGCUUAUGGUGUGCGAUGUAGGCGAGGUCGUUGAUGAUCGUUUUGUGUCUUCUCUGUGUUUCAAAGCUCCACCUGUUAGCCUCACUGCAUGCCAUCUUAGACAGAUGUUUCAGUCUGUAACUUUCCUGCAAAAAUGGAAUCACCGCACAACUCUGAGAAUAAAGUGAUUUCAUAUAAUUUUUCAUCGUCUUGUGUUUCUGCAUUCAAACAGCACUGCAGCGGCCCUUUGGCUGUUGCUUCUUCUGUGUAAAAGAAAAAAGAAAACAUACAUGGAAGCAGUGGUGGUCGUCAGAUGUGACGUGCAGUCAUGGAUAUUAUCCCAUUGCAUGGCAUCCAUUAAAGAAGUAUAUGUGCAAAACCUUCAAUGUAUAUCACAUGUUACUGUUUCUCAUCUCAACAUGGCUGUUGUGCUUUCUUUUUUAUACAUUUUCUUUUCUCUCAGAAGGAAUUUUCAACAUCUAUUCAAUAAAAGCGAAAAGGGCUGUAAACAGAA